AUGAAGAUCGCAGCAACGAUUUAUCUUGCAAUCGCAACGGCCUUCGCCGCCAGCAUCCAGCGUCGAGCUGUCAUCGCCCACGAUGCUGUUGUUGGGUUCCCACAGACUGUGCCCUCUGGUACUAUCGGCCAACUGUACCUCAAGUACAAGCCUUACCUGAAAGUCGACAAUGGAUGUGUACCAUUCCCAGCUGUGGAUGCCAGUGGAAAUACUGGCGGUGGCCUCAAUCCAACAGGUGGCUCAAACAGCGGCUGCUCAAGCAGUACCGGCCAGGUGUAUGCGCGCUCCGCAACGUACGGCAGCUCGUUUGCGAUCAUGUACUCUUGGUACAUGCCUAAGGAUUCGCCCUCGACCGGGCUCGGUCACCGCCAUGACUGGGAGGGUAUCGUCGUCUGGCUUUCAGGUGCCACGUUGUCGGCACAACUGCUCGGUGUUGCUGCGUCCGCUCACGGAGACUAUGACACCACUACAACGCCAAAUCUCAGCGGUACAAGUCCUUUGAUCAGGUACUUCAGCAUAUUCCCGGUCAACCAUCAGCUCGGCUUCACAUCCACGGUCGGUGGACAGCAGCCACUGAUUGCGUACGAGAGUUUGACAUCUGCUGCGCGGUCUGCGCUUGAAAGUACGGACUUUGGCUCUGCCAAUGUGCCUUUCAAAGACUCCAACUUCCAGAGCAACCUCGCAAACGCGGCAUUGUAG